CAGAUCAUAUUGUUUUGGCUGGAGCUAUAAACAAAACAAUAAAUAUGUCGCUGGUGGCAGAUUAUAGCGACUCCUCUGAAUCCGAUGAAGACAGCAGUAGCACAUUUUCCGAAAACGGGGAAACAAAAAGUGCGGCACCAGCAGAAAAAGAGAAGACUCCUCCUCCCAAGUUGCCCAGUGCUAGCCAAGCUUUUGCCCAAGGAGCUGGAAAGGGAGAUGUGUUCAACAAUCCCUUCCUGGAGGCCGAGCUGCAUAAAACCGCGUCGCUGGAGCGGCACGUGAAGAUGGUCGACAACGACGCGCACCAAAAGUUGAAGAACGGCCGGAAGAUUUGCUGGAACUUUAGAAGGGGACGCUGCCGCUUUGGCACCAGUUGCCAGUAUGCCCACGAUUCCGACUUAUCGGUGGAUGAGGCGGCGGAGAAGAGUACAUUACCGGAUCAAUCAGUGCCUGUGGUCGUAGAGGCUGCACCGGGUAAUUCCAACAGGCGUAAGCGCCCGGGUCUGGGCGAUGCCCUGGAGCCGGGGAAACGGGUUAUGAAGUCCUACAAACAGCACAAUCCGCAGAAUCCGUUUGCCCGGCAUUAGACCACACCUGCAUCCGUGAUGCGCAGCAGACAGUGCUCACCAUCAGGGCCAUAUGAGUUCGAGAUGACGUAAAUGAAACGCAGGCCAUCGUCCUGGAGGGUGAAGUCCUCUUCCUCUGGAAGCUCUACCGACAAUCUGAGCGUGGCAACCGAGCUCCAGUAGGAUCCCAGCAUGGGCUCCAACUGCUGUCGCGUCACUUCCUCAACGUCGCCAUCUUGCUCGCCGUCAUCACCACAGCUAUCUGUUAAGAUAAAGUUGUAAAUAGUGUUAAUUCCGUAGUUCACAUAAAAAAAACUAGAACAUA